AUGUUCCUCGCUACCAACAUGAAAAGGAUAUCACUGCCCAUCCUCUACAUUGGUUUAUUUAGCGCUACCGUAAUCGUUCUGACUCUGAAACUAUGGAGAGUGCCGUUAGCACAAGCCAAAAUCUCACCCACCCUCCUAGAGUUACACAAGUCGCUGGUAGAGAUAUCAUCCAUCUCUGGCACAGAGCACAGUAUAUCAGAGUACUUGGCGAGCUACCUCCAACAGAAGGGUUUCACUGUGGAGCUCCAGAAUGUUCAAGGAGCCCUACAGAACGUCUACGCGUAUCUCGGCAGUUCACGUUCUACACGAGUCCUUGUCACUUCGCAUAUUGAUACGGUCCCAUCAUACUUCCCCUAUGAGCGACGAAAUGAUGAGAUUUGGGGACGUGGAUCAGUUGACGAUAAGGGCAGUGUAGCCGCCCAGAUCACGGCUGUCGAGUCGCUGAUGACCAACCAACAGAUUGCCGAAGGGGACGUUGGUCUACUCUUUGUGGUCAGUGAGGAAACCAGCGGAAGUGGCUUACUAAAGGCCAACGAGUUGGGACUUUCUUGGGAAGCAGUCAUUUUCGGGGAGCCGACAGAGCUCAAACUAGCGAGCGGUCACAAGGGGAGUACCCAGUUUACGGUUACGGCAACUGGAAAGGCUGGUCAUUCUGGAUAUCCAGAGCAGGGGAUCAAUGCAAUCGACCUGCUGCUUCCCUGUCUUGUCGCAUUGCAGGAAGUCGAGCUUCCAAGCAGCGAAAUGUUUGGCAACACAACACUUAAUGUGGGCACCAUCGCUGGUGGCGUGGCUGCGAACGUCAUCCCAGCAAGCGCCAAUGCCACCAUUCUGGUGAGAAUAGGAGGUGGAAAGGUGUCGGAGAUCCAAGAAAUAUUACGCAAUGAAAUUUUAAGGGUUGCUCCUACAUUGGAUGUUGAAUUCUUGAAUGGAUGGGGCACAGUUACUUUGGAUACCGACAUCGAUGGUUUCGAGAAUGUAGUGGUGAAUUAUGUGACGGAUAUACCGAGCCUGCAUGGUGUCCAUCGGAAAUACCUUUAUGGUCCCGGGAGUAUCCUGGUAUCGCAUACCGACCAUGAACACCUAACCGUUUCGGAUCUCGAGAAUGCUGUCGAGGGAUACAAAACUUUGAUAACCAAGAACCUUGAACGAUAG